GCCGUAGUGCGCACUAUCUAGUGCACUUAUUCUACGCGCCUCAUAGGUUGGCGAGGGUCAAUCAGAUUAUUGGGUAAAAUGGAUUGUGACGUCAGGGUUUAGAAAGCGUCGCGUUGGCUUGACGCACAGCAGAAGCAGCGCAGAAUCCGGCGGAAUAUAUGAUGAGAUGAGCUGACGGGCGACACUUCAGCAGGAUGGCCGCGUUUCUGGAGAUAUCUGACGACAGUAAAGGACAUGAGCUGAGUCUGUUCUGUGUGCCGAAACACUACGAGGAGGAUCUGGACAGCGUCAUCAUCCCCAACGGCCUCAUUAAAGACAGGACGGAGCGUUUGGCCAGAGAUAUCGUGCGGGACAUGGGCGGUCAUCAUAUCGUGGCUCUCUGCGUUCUCAAAGGAGGCUACAAGUUCUUUGCGGACCUGAUGGAUUUCAUCAAGACUCUAAAUCAACACAGUGAUAAAUCUGUGCCACUGACGGUGGAUUUCAUCAGGCUGAAGAGCUACUGCAAUGACCAGUCCACCAACUGUGUGAAGGUGAUCGGAGGAGACGAGUUAUCGGCCCUCGCUGGAAAAAAUGUGCUCAUAGUCGAGGAUAUUGUGGAGACGGGGAAAACAAUGGAAACGCUGCUGAAACUCUUAGAUGAAUGUCAUCCCAAAAUGGUGAAAGUGGUGAGUCUGCUGGUGAAGCGGACACCCAGGAGCUCCGGAUAUCGGCCCGACUAUAUCGGAUUUGAAGUUCCUGAUAAGUUCCUGGUGGGAUAUGCUUUAGACUACAAUGAGUAUUUCAGGGAUUUGAGUCAUAUCUGUAUAUUGAGCGACAGAGCAAAAGAGAAGUAUAAAGUAUGACCCUGUGAGAGCCAAAUGCUGCACGCAUGAAGACAAACAUCACUGUGAACCUUUAGUUUUUCUGCUCGUGAAUGUAUUUCUCUACAUCUCAUCUGAAAUCAGUAAUGAACUCAUGAAAACACAGAUUCCCAAAGAUAAAUGCACACGCGCACAGUGGGAAUGAGAAGCUGAUUGUCUGAACCGAGGCCUUCGAUUCAUUCAUUUUAUGUUGAUUUUAUGUUUGUUUGAGCUCAGAGAUUAAGUUAAUCCUUAGUUAUUGUUAUUUAUUAUAUAUUAUUUAGGUAUGAACAAUGAAAGGAGCUGAGAAUUGUGUAAGUUAAGUACAGAAAACAAUACUUAAGUACUUUUUAUGUCACCAUUUUGCACUUCAUUUCUGUGUAACGUGUUGGUUUGUGUUCUUAAAGUCAGAAUAUGCAUGCCACUGUUUCUUUUUUAAUGAUGGAAUGAAGAAAAAAGACUUUAAAUACUCAAAUUUCAAUAGUUAAACUAAGAAGUUCCUUUUUUUCUCAAAACUGGAAGAAAAAUAGUCAAAAUUGUGAGACUUCCUUUAAAACGUGCAACCUUAUUUAGCAACAGAGUGUGAGAUGAUUAUGAAAUUAACAAGUUAUUCUGAAUUUAGAUUGGACUUUUUUUUUUUUAAUUGUGUGCAAAACAUUUUUUUGCAAACAGUAAACUUGGAGUACAGUAAAAAUUCUGACCAGAAUUGUCUCAAAUUUGAGUUUAUUGCUGCCAAAUGCAUGUUUUUUUUUUUAAAUUGGCAAGAUAAAAGUCAGAAUUGUGAGCUAAAAAAGUCAAAAUUAACAUUAGCCAUGUUUUUAUUUACGUUUAUUUAUUUUUGGGAUCUGCUUGCAGAAAUGGGCUUUUGUCUUAAAAUGGAGGCUUUUAUUUUUGAUCACCACAAUCUAAACACUGAUAUUUUGUGUCUUGUGUUUGUUGUGAAACCUCAGUCCUGUAAUCUGAGUUUGUGUGAAUGUGUAAGUUAUGUUUUCCUGUUUACUGACACCAAAACUCGAAAUUGAAGAGCUAAUAAUAAUAAAAGCUGUUCAAUAAAAUGA